GGGGCUCGAACUCACCAACCAUGAGAUCAUGGCCUGAGCCGAAGUCGGUCGCUUAACCAACUGAGCCACCCAGGUGCCCCUUGGGGGGGACACAUUUCAACCCUAAACACACACCAGGUUGGUUUAUAAAGGUUUAUUACUAAUUUAGUGAGGCUUCCUAGGCAGAACAACUGGCUUCGAAGUUUAUUUUGUUUCGGGGGUGGUAAUGGGAGGAGGGCCCCCACCCCUCCUCCAGGGCCGAGGAAGAAGUCCGUAGGCUUACUUGUCAGCUGGCCCAGGUGUGGGGCAGGAGGGCGACUGGCAGGUCUUACAAGUUGUCAGCAUAAAACAGCAAAAAUUGAGCAGAUUCUUUAUUAUCCAAAGCAAUUGAUAGUAGGCUGCUGGCUGCAUCACAGUAAGCAAAUGCACCUGUAUUUCUCUCAUAUCCUGCUUGGGAUGGUUUUCUGUGCCAUCUUGCUUUAUUGUCACCACCUGGUGAAGGAGUGGGGUUUGUUGCUAGGAAUUAGCCCUGCUCACCAGGUUUGGACCAUUUAUUCUGGGCAUUGAAGACUGCUGCCCGAGAAGUGUGCAGCUCUGACGGGGUGCACUGGUCUCCGUUGUCAGAGGUGGGUCAGCGUGCAUUGAACACCCUGGUCUCCAGAAUCAGACUCUCCAGAUGUAGAAAACCUCUGCAGGUAAAUCUUCUGGGCAGUUGGAAAAAGAAGAAGGACAAGGAAAGUAUGGCGUGCCCCAUCACCUAGGAGACACAGCCAGGGAGUUGUCAGGGCCCUCAUUUUUCCUGCUGGACUCAAAGGAAGCCGUCGAAGGGUGCAGACCACAGUGUCUGCUCACUGAUUUAGCAAGGAAGUACGACUAGAUGCACUGGGCCCUCAGGGCGGCGGUCAGAUCACCCCUUGUCCCUGUGGGGAGACGCCCCAGGUCUGGUCAGCAUGGAGGCCAGGAGCCCACGCCCACCAUGGGCCUCUGCACAGGACCUGAGCUGGCUUCCAUGUUUGGCUUUGCACUCUGGCCCGUAAUGGGGAGGUGACCCCAGCCUCACAGAACGUCGUCCUCUGGAAGCCGGAGCUAGAAUGAGCUGUAGCAAUGGAAUCAGACUAACGGGGGGGGGGGGGGGGGGGGGGGGAGGGGAUUGGUUCAUCUGUUGAGUAAUUUUCAAAAGAGCAAAGGCAUUUUCUUGGUACUCUUCCAUAUUUUAUAUUCCCCCUAUUUUGGGAAGCAGAAAAAGAUAGUGAUGAUGUUAGUAAUUUCCCACACCUGCUCUGCAGAAAGCCUCCUGGGCUGCAUGUGCCUGAGGCCGGGCCGGGUACUCAGGGUUUUUGUAAUUAUUAGUUGUAGUUUUAAGUUACCUAAAAUCUACCUGAGUCUUAAAAGUGAUGAGCCCCGGAGGAGCCAGAGGACUGAGGUUUGGGUCCAGCCGUGUUUGCUGGUGUGGUGGCAGUGGGCAGGCCUCUGUGCUGUUUCCACCUCGCAGGACGUUUUGGGUAUGGCGUUGCUGUGCUCAUGGUGCCGGAAGCAACAGACUUGUGUCGCAUGGUCCUGGAGGCUGGGUGCCCCGACUGCAGUGUGGUCAUGGUUGGUUUCUCCUGAGGCCUCUCUCCCUGGCUUGUGGACGGCCACCUUCUUGCCGUGGCCUCACGUGGCCUUUUCUGUGAAGCUGCAGACAGAGAGCCAGCUCUCCACAAGCCCCAGGCUUAGGACCUCGUUUAACUGCAAUUGCCACCAAAACGGAAUUCUUGAUCUAAUUGUAAUGUUGCAGGGGGUGGGGGUGGGGUUCUGUCCACACCAGCAAACAAUUCUGAGACACCUGCAGGGUGUCUGAAAUUGAGCUCAUCGCUGACCCUGUCUGCCUGGAGACAGCGAGUGUCUCCCACAGGUUCAGGGUCUUGUCAUGCAAGACCACUCCUCCCUCCAACCCCCACCCCCAGCCCCACUUCCACGCUGCAGGCCCGGGCCGCUGCCGUGCUUGUGACAUGGGCUAUAGCUUGGGGCUCCCAUGAACACCUCCUGCCUAGGAUGCCAGCAGUGAGAAUCCAGGCUGCCUCCUAUGCUUCUGGCUGACUAGGGGUGAGUCCGGUUCCCAUGACCCUUCUUUGGGGUCAGUUAAUUGCUGCAGUGACUCACAGAACUCAGGGAAACAUGUUACUUACUAGAUUACCCAUUUCUUACAAAAGGAGUGAUUCAGGAAUAGCCAGAAGAGGAUCUGCACCAGCCAGGUGUGUGGGGAGGGGCACGGAGUCUCCCUGCCCUCUCAGAUCUCGUGCUCACCAACCUGGAGGCCCUCACAACCCCGUCCUGUCGGGGUUUUCUGGAGGCUUCAUUACACAGGCAUGAGUGAUGAACUCAUUGACCACUGGUGAUUGAUCCAACCUCCAGCCCCUCCUGUCCACGAACUUAAAGUUCCAAUCCUGUAACCACGUGGUUAGGUCCCCAGGCCACCUGCCCCCGUCCUCAGGUGCUUUCCCAAACUCACUCGUUAACAUUAUAAGAGGCACCUUUACACCUCACAAAGAAAAUCGCAAGGGUUUUUAGGAGCUGUGUGCCAGGAAUGGAGACGAACCAAAUAAAUUCUUUUAAAUCACAGUAUCACACUCUGCACAGACCUCGUCUCCAAAUGUAGUCGCACAGGGGUGACAGCUUCAGCAAAGGACUUUGAACACAAUUAAGACUGUGAAAGCGUUGAAAGUAGAUCGAAAGCAUCGGGGGCGGAGCUUAGCGGUCUGUGCUGUACAGUUGUGUUUCCAGGACUCUCCUCACAGCAGGCAGAGGAUGAGACGCCCAGAGACCCGGCGUGGAGUCUCCUUCCGGACUGCGGGUGUGACUUGUUUGCUGGGGAAUUAGUGGGGGCUGGAUGGUCUGAGGGUCCCUUACAUGGAGUUGAGUGUCCCCAUGCUCCUGGAAGACACAGCAGUCUGGUCUCCCUGGGGCACCUGCACAUCUUAUUCUGGCCCAGACCCCUCUCAUUGCAUCAUUUUUAAGUUCUUUUGGUUUUAUUAAUACAUGCUUCUUUCACUUAAAGAAUGUAAAUAGAACAAAAUAAACUUUGACAUUUUUUAUUAAAAUAACUUGUACCUAGAGAUAAAUGAUAAAAGUGAAAGGCCCUUUAUCCAGAGUUUGCUGUUUUUAAUAUUUUAGCUCACUUACCAUUUUCAUUUCUCAUGCUCCGGCUCUCGCUGCAUGUGUGUUUAUGUACACACAUGAGUACACUCAUGCGUAAUCUUUCUUACGCACUAGAGAGUCAGCUACAUGCAGCAUCCUGUUUUCUCACCAGAUCCUUCGGGGUUUCCUGAGAGCAGAGAUACUCUCUUACAGCUGUGGUUCGGUCAUCAACAUCCAUGCUUUCAACACGCAUAGUGCCCACAUUUCAAUUCUGUCAGUUGACCCCAAAGUCUCUCCCUCCGGUUCAGGAUCUAGUGUGGGGUCAGGUCCUGCAUUUUGUUUUCACAUCUCUCCAGCACCCUGAAUCUGGAACGUUUCCUCCACCUUUGUUUUGUCCUUUGUGACUUUGGGAUAACAUAGUCCUCCCCUCCAGGUGACUUUCUGUUUUGGAUUUGCCCCCACAAUUAGACCAGGACUUUUCAUUCUUAGCCGAACACUGCCCGGUGACGUGUUCUUUCUCAGGGUGCAAUGGCUGGGGCACACAGUGGCCAUCUGUCAUGUUGUCACUGAUUUGAUCACCCAGUCAGGUAUUGCCCAAGUGUGCAUCGUUGUAAUUACUAGGUUUUUUUUUUCUCCCUGACCCCUAAGAAGCAGUCUGUGGGGAGACAUUUUGAGAGAAACAGAGAGAGAGAGCGCGCGCACACGAGAGAGAAAUAGCACGUGUGCACUUGAGGGAGGGGCAGAGAGCAAGGGAGAGAGAGAAUCCCAAGCAGGCUCUGAGCUGUCAGCCCAGAGCCUGAAAUGGGUCUCAAACUCACAAACCCUGAGAUCAUGACCUGAGCCGAAGUUGGACCCUCACCGACUGAGCCCCCAGGUGCCCCUGGCCUGAACCAGUCUUCAUUGAGAUUGAAAUGGUCGCAGAAUGAUACUACUCCAGCUGCAGCACUUGACUCAUCGGAUAGUUGUGAGCAAGAGCCCUCCUCCCUCCCCCAGUUUGUUUAUAUAUACCUACACGGACUCAUUCAGUCCUGCUUUUCAAUGGUUUUUCAUUAGUUACUGUAUUUAUUAUGCUCACACUCAGAUUGUCCCAGACUUGGCCGUGGGAGCCUCUUCAAGCUGGCACCUAUGUUCUGUGACCUACCCUAGCAUUUUUUUGAGCACUUCCUUGUUUUCUGAAGAUGCUCAGACUUCUCUUGUUCUUUCCCGGCCAUCCCUCCAAGGAGACCUAUUGUUUCUUAGUGUGGAAUGGCACAGAAGGGGGUUGGUGCGCUCACUGCCUCCAUAGAGUAUCUUUGGCCCUUUUGGUGGACGGAGCUAGGAGAGAGAAUGCGUAUAGAUGCAAACGCGUACCCACACGCUCGCGUGUAGAAAUCGUGCCGUCGCGCUGGCCUCACUGGUUCCUGUGCGCCCCUGGGAGUUCUUGUUCUAGCUUCUUCUUUCCAUAUUUGUGUGUCCCUUCUUCACCAGUGGAACCCCUGGCUCCUGACAAAAUCGGCACAUUUACUCAAUUUUAUAAUAUAUUUAAAAUAGUUCAUUCUUAAACGGACUGCACUUACCAAACCUACUUAAAAGAAUUCAGGACCUCCCCUGUCUGCCCACACUGUUACUCUUGAUGAAUAUCCUUCUAGAUCUCCUUAUGUACACCUGUAGGGAAAUACACAAAUACAAUUUUAUUGAAACGUCAUACUAUACAUAUUGUUCUGUAACUUGACUUUUCCUCCUGCUAAUGAAUAUAUCAUUCACGUCAUUCUGUAACAUCGUCCAACGUCUCUGUGUCCACAAGGUGCGAUCCAUACAGUAUUUUCUAAUGAGUACAGAAUAAGACUGUACUAUACUUCUCUGUAAUCGGACUUUGAUUUUAAAAGGCAUCCAGUUUUUCACUAUUAUAUGUAAAGCUGACAUCAACAUCUUUGUAACUAAAUCUUAAUUAUUUCCUUAGGCUAGAAGUGGAAUUACUGGUCAAAGGACGCUCAGAUUUGGGAGAAGUGGCCCCAGGAAUAAAAGCAUCUGAGAGACGGACCGCGGUGGCCAUUGCAGAUCUGGAAUGGAGAGAAAUGGAAGCAGAUGACUACGGUACAAAUGAGGCUCAGGACAGUGACUUCCCAACAGCGGAGAGGAGCAGGCUGCAGGAGAUGCUGUCGCUGCUGGGGCUGGAGACCUACCAGGCCCAGAAGCUCAGCCUCCAGGACGCCCUGCAGAUCAGCAGCGACAGCAUGAGAAACUGGGCCCCUCAGGCCCCCAAAGACCUGCCCUGGAAUUUCCUCAGGAAGCUGCAGGCCCUCAAUGCUGAGGCCAGGAACACCACCAUGGUGCUGGAUGUGCCCCCGGACGCCAGGCCUGUGGAGAAGGAGAGCCAGAUGGAAGAGGAGAUCAUCUACUGGGACGCGGCUGACGACAUCUCCGCGGACAUCUAUUCCUUCUCAGAGCUGCCGACGCCCGACACGCCUGUGAACCCCUUGGACCUUCUCUGUGCCCUUCUGCUCUCCUCAGAUGGUUUCCUGCAGCAGGAAAUUGUGCUGAAAAUGUCCCUGUGCCAGUUUGCACUCCCUCUUGUCUUGCCUGACUCGGAGAACCACUACCACACGUUUCUGCUGUGGGCCCUGAGGGCCGUGGUGCGGACGUGGUGGGCGCAGCCCCCGCGGGGCGUGGGCGGCCUCCGAGAGGACAGCGCGGUGCUGUCCCGGGCUCCCACCUUUGCCUUCGUGCGCAUGGAGGUCAGCAGCAACUCCAAGUCACAGCUGCUCAAUGCUGUGCUCAGCCCCAGCCACCGGCCACGGGACUGCUUCUGGCAUCGCGACCUGAGCGUGGGCACCAACCCCCGGGAGAUCGCAGAUGGGCUGGUGGAAGUCUCCUGGUUCCUCCCCAGUGGCAGGGAGGACCUGGAUGUGUUCCCGGAGCCCGUGGCCUUUCUGAACCUGCGGGGCGACAUCGGGUCUCACUGGCUGCAGUUCAAGCUCUUGACCGAGAUCUCGUCCGCCGUGUUCAUCCUGACCGACAACAUCAGCAGGAAGGACUACAAGCUGCUCUACUCCCUGAGGGGCUCGGCCACCAAGUACUAUUUCAUCCUGAGCCCCUACCGUGGGAAGCGGAACACAAACCUCAGGUUCCUGAACAAGCUCAUCCCAGUGCUGAAGAUGGACCACUCACACGUGCUGGUGAAGGUCAGCAGCACCGACAGCGCGGGCUUCGUGCGCAGGGUCCGCUCCAUCGUGGCGCACGUGGCCCGGUCCCCCUGCAGGAGGUUGUCUGUGGAGGAGAUGGCACACGCGGCCCGUAAGCUGGGGCUGAGGGUGGACGAGGACUGUGACGAGUGUCAGCGGGCAAAGCAGCGCAUGGAGCGCAUCACCAGGAGGAUCAAGGACUGUGACGCCUACCGCAGGGAUGAGCUGUGGCUGCAGGGGGACCCCUGGCGGAAGGCGGCCCAGGUGGAGAAGGAGCUGUGCCAGGCCCAGAGGGCGGGGGACCCUCCUGACAAGGGCAGGGUGGAGCUGGGGCACCGGCUGCUAGAACUUCGUGCACAGCAGAACCGCCAGGACCCUGCCUGGGGGCUGCAGGAGUUCAUCGCAGGCAUCAGCAGCGCCUCACUGGCUGAGAAGCAGUACUUCCUGAGGUGGAUGGAGUGGGGACUGGCCCGCGUGGCCCAGCCAAGGCCACGGCAGCCUCCCGAGACCAUUCUUAGCCUGAGACCCAAGCACUGUGGCAUGGUGGACUUCGGGGAGGUGCUCUGGCCUGAGCCCCUGGGCGUAGAGCACUUCCUGCGGGAGAUGGGACAGUUUUACGAGGCAGAAAGCUGCCUGGUGGAGGCAGGGAAGCUGCCGGCUGGCCAGAGGCGGUUUGCCCACUUCCCGGGCCUGGCCCUGGAGCUGCUGCUGAAGGGGCUGCCCUUGGAGCUGAUUGAUGGCAGCACGCUGAGUACCCCCCUGCACUGGGUCACGGGGCUCCUGAAGGAGCUGCACAUUCGCCUGGAGAGGAGGUCGCGCCUGGUGGUCCUGUCGGCACUGGGUGCACCGGGCACCGGGAAGUCCACGCUUCUCAACACCAUGUUUGGGCUGCGCUUUGCCACAGGGCGGGGCUGUGGCCCUCGAGGGGCCUUCAUGCAGCUGGUCACCGUGGCCGAGAACUUCAGCCAGGAUCUGGGCUGCGACCACAUCCUGGUGAUAGACUCCGGGGGCUUGAUAGGCGGGGCCCUGACUGCAGCCGGGGAGAGGUUCGAGCUGGAGGCCUCCCUGGCCACUCUGCUCAUGGGGCUGAGCAACGUCACCGUGGUGAGCCUGGCCGAGACAAGGGACAUACCACCAGCUGUUCUGCAUGCGUUUCUGAGGUUGGAGAAAACGGGGCACGUGCCCAACUAUCAGUUUGUGUACCAGAACCUCCAGGAUGCGUGUGCCCCCGGCCCCAGGCCUCGGGACAGGAGGCCGCUCCUGGAUCCCCCUGGAGACGUGAGCAGAGCCGGCGCACAGAUGGAGAAGCAGGGCGACGGCAUCCGGACGCUGGCCGACCUGGCCUUUUGCGACCCUGAGAAGCAGCAUGUUUGGCACAUCCCUGGCCUGUGGCAUGGGGUGCCUCCCAUGGCUGCGGUGAGCUUGGGGUACAGCGAGGCCAUUUUUGAGUUAAAGAGGUGUCUGCUGGAAAACAUCAGGAAUGGCCUGUCCAACCAGAACAAAAACAUCCAGCAGCUCAUUGAGCUGGUGAGGCGGCUCUGAGUGUUAGGAGGGGGCCUGUUCUGAAGGUGGUGUGCCUGUGGGGGCUGUGCCCGGCACCUGACCCCGUGAGAAGGGAGAAGGGCAAGAGCCUGGGGGGAGGGGGCUGGGGUUCCCUAAACAGUGUUGAGAGGGAGGUGACUGCACAGACCUGGUCAGAGAUGCUCUCGGGAGCCAAGGGGCCCUGGGGCAGGGCGUGCACACACAGCAGGAGUUUGUUCCGUGUGCAGCUCCUUUCCAGGCCCCUGUGCUCUGGCUCCCUUUCCUUCGUCCCUGGGGUGGAGGGUAGUACCCCUGCAGCCCAGCCGGUACGGGGUGGGGGUGAGGAGGGGGGGUUGCUGGACGCCGCCCUGAGGAAAUGGAGGCAGGCCCUUCCUCCGUGACCUGCUGGUCCCGACUGACCCCCAUGGAGAGUCCCCCCUGGCUCCCUCCACCUCCUGCAGCCGUGUCUGCCCCGCCCCAGACUGUGAGUUCCUUGGGGAUGGGGCUGUGUAUGACCCGACUCUGUACCCCCAGGGCCUGGCACAGGGCCCUGCGCACUGUAGGCGCUUAAUAAAUGUUUGUUAAAAGA